AUUAUCUUCUCGACGGCCAAGUAGAAGUGAGAAGCAAAACCCUCCGGGAAAGAAAGAACAGUUCUCAGUCCAAUUGCAAAGCUUCUUCUCAAUGAUGAUACCCAUUUCAAUGGCGCUCAUUCACCAAGUUUGCUCGCCGUCCGUCGCACGUGCAUUACGGCCUCGCUGCGUCGCUGCCGUGCCUUCUCGUAACCUCUCCACCUCCAUAUCCCCUCCCGCUCGGGCUUCUCCAGAAGCUCCCAAAGUGCUCAUCGGCCUGUCGGACCAGGAGCUACAACAGCUCGCCGUGGACUUCGGCCAGGAGAAGUAUAGAGGGAAGCAACUCCAUCAGCUUAUUUACAAGAGGAAGGUCAAGGAAAUUGAAGAGUUUACCAACUUGCCACUGGCAUUCAGGAAUGAUCUUCAGGAAGCUGGAUGGAAAGUGGGCCGUUCGCCUGUUUACCAGUCUGUUACUGCUUCUGAUGGAACCGUGAAGUUAUUGCUUAAGUUGGAUGACAACAGGCUGAUUGAAACAGUUGGCAUACCUGUGGAAGACAAAAACAAUAAAGGUUCAGUUCGCCUCACUGCUUGCAUCUCAUCACAGGUUGGCUGCCCAUUGCGCUGUUCUUUUUGUGCCACUGGAAAAGGAGGAUUUUCUAGGAAUCUUCAGAGACAUGAAAUUGUUGAGCAGGUAUUUGCAAUUGAGGAUAUUUUCAACCAUAGGGUGACAAAUGUAGUAUUCAUGGGAAUGGGCGAACCAAUGUUAAAUAUGAAAUCAGUGCUUGAAGCACAUCGGUGCUUGAACAAGGACGUUCAAAUUGGACAAAGAAUGAUUACAAUUUCUACUGUGGGCGUUCCUAACACAAUUAAAAGGCUGGCUUCUCACAAGCUUCAGUCAACAUUGGCCGUCAGCUUACAUGCACCAAACCAGAAGCUUCGGGAGACUAUUGUGCCCAGUGCAAAAGCGUAUCCUCUCGAAGCACUUAUGAAAGAUUGUCGUGAUUAUUUCCUCCAAACUAGUCGGAGAGUAUCGUUCGAGUAUGCACUUUUAGCUGGAGUCAAUGAUGCAGUAGAGCAUGCUGUAGAGCUUUCAAAGCUUCUUCAUGAAUGGGGAGGGGGCUAUCACGUGAACCUGAUACCUUUCAAUCCCAUAGAAGGCUCUGAGUAUCAGCGCCCAUACAAGAAAGCUGUGAUGGCAUUUGUAGCUGCUCUAGAAUCCCAUAAAAUUACUGUAAGUGUUCGUCAAACAAGAGGCCUGGAUGCAAAUGCAGCUUGUGGUCAGCUAAGAAACCAAUUUCAAAAGAACCCUUUGCUUGUUGAUUCCGACAUCAGUCAGUCCGAAUCAGCUGUAGCUGUGGCAUGUUGAUGCAAAAGUUCCUUAUUAUUUCCUAUUCUACCAACUUCAUUAUAUUGCAUCCACCUGGAGGCUGGAAGAACCAAUUUUUUUGUGGGAGCAAAGGCACCUCAAGAAAGCUUAAUAGAGAGGGAUAUGAUUAUAUGAAGAAUGGAGGGGCAGCCAGCACAUCCAGGUCUGCUUGUUCUAUACUCUAAAUUCACAGGUCAUUGUACAUUGUUGCGAAGCUAAAUUUGAGAUACAGUGAAGCAUCGAGAGGGGAUCGGAUCGUUCAUUUAUCGACGUAGUGUAGGGUAUACCAAUGGUUUCUUGGCUCUUAAAUCUAAAUCAUUAGUUUCUGAGAGGGAGGAGAAAGUCUGAAAGAGGCUCUUAAAUUAUGCUUGGUAAGUGAUUUCAUUGUAUAUUUCCUUUUUGAACUUCUUCUUUGUGUAAGGCUAUCUAUCCCUUCUACUGAUAGAACAUAUGGUUCAAUUUUUCAAUAAGAUGUCAAUUUAGAGUUGUUUUAUUUUCCCAUGUACUGAAUACUUACUUUAGGAUGAUUUAUUUGUUGCCAAUGUUGGUUGCAUCAAUCUGGCUCCAUUAAAAGAACAUUUAUGAUUAUAAUGUAAUACGCACAACUCA